AUGAUACGCAGCGGCCACCGGUAUAAGGGGUCAAGGUCGCUCUUGGUGUGCCUUAUCCGUCAUCAGUGGAAAGUUGUGAUUUUGUUCUGGGUGUUUGCGCUUCUUACUGUUGCUGUCGUCGUUCCCCGGCGGUCUGGGCAGUUGUGGCCCGUCUCCGGGCAGGUGACAACCGAUCUGGCACGUAUUACGGAUGCUGUCAACGAGCUUGUUGCGGAAAGCUCGUUCCUAUCGAUACACCACGGUAUCUACAACGUCACAAGCUUUUUGGGGGACGGCUCUGGAGAUGCUAUUAGGUUUGCGUUUAAGACCGAGUGCCGGCCGGCGUCGCAGUGGCACGGCCAGCAGGGGUGGGCAGAGGUCGCGUUAUACCACUUCCAGCGGUUGUUCUACGCGGAGGAUGUGGUUGCGUACCCACGAGUCGGUGCAGCGCGUGGCGUGGUGAUCGCCAUUACCCAAGAGCAGCUAGAAAGUGUGGUGCACAAGGAUGGGUGUGGGGUGUUGCGGAAUGAUUUAGUGGCGUCGAUGGAGACGGCAUUGGGGGGAAAGAAGCUCCUUCGCGGAGUGGAACGAGGCGGUAACCGUGCCAACAGCAAUGCGACCGUGCUUCUGCUCGGUGUUGCCCUCACAUGGCAAGACAAGUACGACGAUGAUGAGUACCCUUCCGCUUCGGUGUAUGCACCUUACUUUGCCGUCCCGCCAUCGAGCAACGGUGUGCAGCUUGGACCUCGUGCCCGCCUUGAUCUGUAUGAGAUGACGGAUAUCUUCGUCUUGGAUUACCUUCUGCUGAACCCCGACCGUAACUUGGAAAAAAACUGGUUCACAGACAGAGCCACACGUACGCACUCAGGCUUCCUUGAUAAUGGCUGGGGCUUUGCCGGGGAGAAUUACAAGACCUCGGUGUGUGAAGUUGAAAGUGUGCUGCUGCAGUGCCCAUCGCUGCUGCAGGCGUGGGUGAAGAGGCAGAAAUGGCAAUGGAAGUGCGCUUCGCGGCAUCCCAUGACUCCUGGAACGGAGACGCAGCAUCAGUUGCUGCGGUGGUGUCGCUUCCGUCCCGAAACACUUGUGGCACUCAAUCGAACACGCAUGCGGUGGUAUAACGAGCAGAACCCCGAUGCCGCGCUGGCAAAGCGCUGGGUGGAUGCCAUUCGCUCUGAUAUACUCCUAGUGUUUUUGUUGUACACAUAUGGUGAAAGCACGUCAAGGAAAGGGUUGAAUAUGGCACUGUCGCGAUACGUCCACAAAUGUCCGCCGCCCGUGCAUGGUGCAGAGACCGGACGCGAGGCGGCGUCGCUGUAUCUCAUGCGGCUGCUGGAGUAUGGUGUUCAUGCCCGCAUGGACCGACUGGCCGCUCACGCAAGAGAGUGCCUUGUAGACUAUGGUGAAGCAUAUGUCUAUGGGCGUGACGUGAAGAGUUGA